AUGGUGAAGGCGACGGGGGGCGAGCUGACGCUGUCCCUCUUCCAACCAUCGAGAGCGGCGCCGUCGACCGGCGGGACAACACGGCCAGCCGGCGUCAGAGGGAGGGGCGCCGCCGCAGCCAACGGGAGCGGCGUGCACAGCACAGCCGGAGACCCCGGGAGAGCCGCGAUGAGGCGGUCUCUAACGCUAGUGGCGGCCUGGGCAGACUGGGCGGAAGCCGGGUACGGUCCGUUGCAGUGGAUGUCUCACGAACAGAAGGUGUUCAUCGCCCGGCUCUCCCUCUACUGGGUGUCGUUCAGGACACCGGCGCGUGGUUUCGAGGAGAAAAACGCCCCCAAUGCCAACGAAACCCCCGUGCGGCACCGCCGUCGCCGUACAACCAAGGAGGCGUUUCUGCAUUUCCACCCCAUCCUCUCAAGCGUGACUCGAGAUGUGGGAAAAUCAAGCGGGGCCCCUGGUUCGUCGGUGCGUGGAACGGGCGGCGGUGGUGCCGACGGCGGCGGCGGUAGUGGCUUGGUCGUCGUUGGCGGUACCAGCAGUAGGACAGCACCCAGAGGGGGGAGCGAAAUUUUCGGCGGGGAGGAAACAUCGAGAACGAGCCGAGUUUUGGUUCGAGAUGAGGGAGGCGUGCUUAGGGUCGAGGUUGUAGAGGCCGAACGAAAGAACGUAGGCCGAUCGAAGAGCGGGGUUUCGAUGCUGGACCAGGCGUUCGGGAAAGAAUCUUGGCGAGAAACGGGCUUGGGGGAGCUGUUGUGGCUGGACUGCUCUUGCCGGCAGUACCUGGCUCUUCGGCUUGCUCAGCAGGUGGCCAUCGUUGUGGACGACGACAGAGACGGGAGAGGGGGGCAACACGACCAAGACAACGUCCUCAAAAUCAAACCUAGGCUCGUCAUCAUCUCGGACCUGCCGUUGCCGUACUGGAUGGGCACGGUACCGAUAGCCCGGCUGGGGAGCCACGCCGAGGGGGUGUUCGUAAUGAUAACGGAUGCUGGCCGCAGGCUGUUGAUCGAGGCCAGGGACUUCGAGGGCGGCCCUUUGCUCGCCAAAUCGACGGUUUCGUUGGAGGACUGGACAGGUGAAUGA